AUGCCAUCCGGAAUCCGCCGGCCCUUACCUCCCCGCAGCACCCGCCCUACGCGGCGCGAGAAGUUCCUCGAGGCGCUCAUCCUACUCCAAGCCGACCGCGCAGUCGAACUCCAACGCGACAUUGCACUGCGAACCCACACGAUCGCGUCCCAAAGGGAGCUCAUCGACGCGCUGUUGAAGCAGAUUGUGGCGGAGCAGGAUAGGCAGGGAGAAGAGAAGGAUAAGGAGAUUGCGCGAUUGAAGGGGAUGCUUGAGGCGAAGGGGAUUGACGCUGGGACUGGGACUACUACAAUGCCUGCUUCACAGCAGACCACCAGCCGAGACGCGGGCGCUGGAGCAUUGAACGAUGAAUCUACCGUCCCGGCCGCCAGCGCUGCUCUGGACGACGAUCGGGAUAACACGGACUAG